CCCAAUUGUGUGUAUCUGCCAUUGAAAUAUUAUUCAUAUAAAUGAAUCUUCUAAACAUGGGUUGGGCUUAACUUAAUUCUCUAUCAUAUAAUGGUUUGAAAAUUUCAGUUAUGGAGGUUCUGGAAAAUGGGUGGUGGAGGGUGGUUCUUGAAAUGGGUUUCGUGUUUAAACUAUCGAUGCAAAAUUAAGGUAUUUCAAACAGCUAAAGAUUCAUGAUAGUAAGGUUAGGACUUGUAGUUGCUGCUUCACUUGCAGCAUAUACAGUUAAGCAGCUGAAUGUUAAAGGCUCAAAAUCAGAACAUGGUGAAGCAAGAAGUAGAAAGCGUCAAGGUGAGGGCAAAGAAGCAGAGCUCGAUAAGAAGGAUAAGGAGGAGGAAGAGGAGAAAGAGGAGGUUAAGCGAAUCAGCAGCAUAAUUAACAGAGCUAACGACUUCGAAGAUGAUAUUUUACCAGAAUUCGAACAUCUCCUAUCGGGAGAGAUCGAGUUUCCCGUACGAGGCGAGAAAGACACAGUUUAUGAACUAGAGAUGGCGAACAAUGCGAGCGAGCUAGAUCGGUUGCGAAUGCUUGUUAAGGAAUUGGAGGAGAGGGAAGUGAAACUCGAAGGAGAGUUGCUCGAAUACUAUGGACUGAAGGAACAAGAAUCGGAUAUCGUCGAGUUACAAAGGCAGCUGAAGAUCAAGACAGUAGAAAUCGAUAUGCUCAAUAAUAAGAUCAAUUCAUUGCAGGCAGAGAGAAAGAAGCUUCAAGAAGAGCUUGCGAAUGGAGGAAGCUCGGCCAAAAGAGAACUCGAGGUAGCGAGAAACAAGAUCAAGGAGCUACAGAGGCAGAUGCAGCUUGAAGCUAACCAAACAAAAGGACAGUUGCUGUUGCUUAAGCAGCAAGUUUCUGGUCUUCAGCUGAAAGAAGAAGACGCGGUGAGAAAAGAUGCAGAAAUUGAGAAGAAACUCAAAGCUGCGAACGAUUUAGAGGUCCAAGUGGUGGAGCUUAAGAGAAGAAACAAAGAGCUUCAACAUGAGAAGCGAGAAUUAACCGUUAAACUCAACACGGCCGAAUCCAAAGUCGCUGAGCUCUCGACUAUGACAGAGAGUGAAAUGGUGGCCAAGGUAAAAGAAGAGGUGAACAAAGUGAGGCAUGCAAAUGAAGAUCUUCUAAAGCAAGUAGAAGGACUUCAGAUGAAUAGGUUCAGUGAAGUAGAAGAGCUGGUAUACCUUCGUUGGGUUAAUGCGUGCUUGAGAUAUGAGCUCAGGAACUACCAAGCACCCCAAGGAAAAGUAUCAGCUCGCGACCUCAGCAAAAGCCUCAGCCCGAAAUCACAAGAGAAGGCUAAGCAGCUAAUGCUAGAAUACGCCGGCGGAUCAGAACGUGGCCAAGGCGACACUGAUCUAGACAGCAACUUCUCCCAUCCUUCUUCCCCAGGAAGCGAAGAUUUCGACAACACCUCAAUUGAUAGCUCUACUAGCAAAUAUAGUAGCCUUAGCAAGAAAGCUGGCUUGAUGCAGAAGUUGAAGAAAUGGGGUAAGACCAAAGAUGAUAGUACACUUUCCUCGCCGGCUCGAUCUCUUUCUCCAAGAAGGAUGAGUAUGGGAGUUAAGCCGAGGGGUCCGCUGGAGAGCUUGAUGUUGCGAAACGCAGGCGAUAGUGUAGCCAUCACUACAUUUGGGCUAAGGGAUCAGGAAAAUAAUCCUGAUUCUCCUGGAACUCCAAACAAUAAUGAUCCCCUGAAUUCUGUUGCAACUUCAUUCCAGUUGAUGUCUAAGUCAGUAGUUGAGGGAUCAAUGGAGGAAAAGUAUCCGGCGUAUAAAGACCGGCACAAAUUGGCGUUAGCCAGGGAGAAACAGAUCAAAGAAAAAGCUGACAAAGCAAGAGCACAAAAAUUUGGCGAUAACUCAAGUUUGAGUGGCAUGAGUAAAGAGAGGUCUAUAACUCUGCCACCGAAACUAACUCAAAUAAAGGAGAAGACAAUUGUUUCUGGCAGUACCAAUGAUGAAUCUGAAGAUGGUAAGAGCGUUGACACACAAAGCAUUAGCAAGAUGAAGCUUGCAGAGAUUGAGAAAAGGCCUACUAGGAUACCUCGGCCACCUCCUAAACCAGCCGGUCGUCUUCCGAGUGGCACAAAUCUGACUCCUUCUAACGGAGUACCAUCUGCUCCGCCUCUUCCUCCUUCUCCUCCAGGUGCUCCACUGCCACCACCGCCACCUCCUCCACCAGGAAGCAUAUCGAGAGGAGCAAUGGAUGGCGACAAAGUUCACCGAGCUCCAGAGCUAGUCGAAUUUUAUCAAACAUUAAUGAAAAGAGAGGCAAAGAAGGAUACUUCAUCACUGUUAGCUUCUUCAACAAGUAAUGCGUCUGAUGCAAGGAGCAACAUGAUUGGUGAAAUUGAGAACAGAUCAUCAUUCCUCUUAGCUGUCAAAGCUGAUGUAGAAUCGCAAGGUGAUUUUGUCAUGUCCUUGGCAACUGAAGUUCGAGCAGCAUCGUUUUCCGAAAUCGAAGACCUUGUUGCCUUUGUGAACUGGCUAGAUGAGGAACUUUCCUUCCUGGUUGAUGAACGAGCUGUGCUGAAGCACUUUGAUUGGCCUGAAGGGAAAGCCGAUGCACUAAGGGAAGCAGCAUUUGAAUAUCAGGAUCUGAUGAAAUUGGAGAAUAAAGUCUCAACCUUUGUCGAUGAUCCCAAACUCUCGUGCGAAGCGGCUCUAAAGAAGAUGUAUUCUUUGCUUGAGAAAGUUGAGCAAAGUGUAUAUGCACUCUUACGCACAAGAGAUAUGGCUAUUUCGCGGUACAGAGAAUUUGGUAUCCCUGUAAACUGGCUCAUGGAUUCUGGAGUGGUGGGCAAGAUCAAGCUUUCUUCAGUGCAAUUGGCAAAGAAGUACAUGAAACGUGUGGCGUCAGAGCUUGAUAUAUUAUCUGGACCUGAGAAGGAACCAACAAGAGAGUUUUUGGUACUGCAAGGUGUUCGUUUUGCUUUCCGUGUCCAUCAGUUUGCAGGUGGCUUCGAUGCAGAGAGCAUGAAGGCGUUUGAGGACCUCAGGAGUCGCAUCCAUACACCUCAAGCAGGUGAAGAUAUUAAACCAGAAACACAGGAUUCUUAGCCCCCAUCAGUAGCUGCUUCUCUUACAAAGUUACAAGUGUGACCUUUUAAUCUUUGUAUAUUUCAUUUUUUUUUCAUUUUCACUAGCGAUUAUACAUAUUGGAUAUUAUACUACAAGGACAAUAAUAAUAAAUUAAUAAUAGUAAA